UUGGGUUUCUUUUGUUAAAUAUGAUCGAAGAAGAAAAUCGUCGCUCUUGUCGUUUUCACGUGUUUCUUAAUUAGUGUGGUCGUUAGCGAUUAGGAAUAAAAAUACAUAUACAAUGACGCAGUUGGAUUCUGUAAUAAAACCGAAGACAAAGCGCUCAAAACGCUUCUUGGAGAGCAGAGCACCCAAAUUGACUGAAGAUGUGAAGAGUGCCAUGAUUAUGAAAGGAGGGAACACAAGUCAGACCAUCACGCAGGCCCUGAAGGACAUAUAUUCCCUGAAGAAACCCAAUGCUGUGCUGUACAAAAAAAAGAACAUCACUCGGCCGUUUGAGGACUCAACAUCACUGGAGUUCUUUUCCAAGAAGACAGACUGCUCCCUGUUCCUGUUCGGCUCCCACAAUAAGAAACGGCCCAACAACUUCAUAUUUGGUCGUCUAUUUGACUUCCAUGUACUUGAUAUGAUUGAACUUGGAAUUGAGAAGUACGUCUCCCUGAGUGAAAUUAAGGCCAGUAAAUGUCCUGAAGGAACCAAACCAAUGCUCGUGUUUGCAGGGGACGCUUUUGAUACAGAUAAUGAGCACAGACGUCUGAAGAGUCUGCUAAUAGACUUCUUCAGGGGUCCCACUGUGCCUGCAGUGCGUCUGGCAGGUUUAGAACACAUUUUGCACUUCACUGCCAUCGAUGGAAAAAUUUACAUGCGCAGCUACAGGUCUCUGUUGAAGAAGUCUGGCUGCCGGACGCCGCGGAUCGAGUUGGAAGAGAUUGGACCGUCAUUUGACUUUGUCCUAAGGAGAACGCAUCUGGCUUCAGAUGACUUGUACAAGUUGGCUCAUAAGCAGCCCAAAGCCCUGAAGCCCAAGAAGAAGAAGAACAUUUCCCAUGAUGCCUUUGGCACCAAGUUUGGCCGUGUGCACAUGCAGAAACAGGAUCUGUCCAAGCUGCAGACACGGAAGAUGAAGGGUCUAAGGAAGAGGAGGGGCGAGGUGGUCACAAAGGAGCAGGAGGGACAGGCACCCAAGGUGGCCAAAGUAGAGAGUUGAGGCAGACUUUGUACGCCUUUUGGAUACUUCUAUGAUUGACCGUGUGUCGCCAAACCCUUGGUAAAAUGUUUUUUACCGGGGGUUUGUUUUUUGUUUUUUAAAUGUGAAAUAAAUACUCCAAUUGAA